AGAACUUACAGAUAUUGCAUGCUGAACUUCGUUGUUGGCUGUAAGUACCUCACUGUCGGAUCUCCAACCUGACAGAAAAACAUGACAGCUGCUGUAAAGGUUUUCCUCGUAUGCUGUCUGCUUCAAGGUAGCUUUUGCCAACGAUGGGCCAGCUUCCUGCCUCGGCCAGUCCAGGGACUAAGUGGAUCUUGUGUGAGAGUCUCCUGCAGUUUCACCAUUCCCUCAGGAUGGGAUUCAAGCUUGAAUCCUUCGUGUAGAGCCAUUUGGAAGAGAGGCGGGACAGAGAUGUUUGAUACUAGCAAGACUGGAGGAAGAGCAGACCUGACGGGGAACCUGCUUCAGAAGGACUGCACCACCACCUUCAACAACCUGCAAUCGACCGAUUCUGGAACCUAUCGCUUCAGACUGCAGUGUAACAAUGAUCUGAAGUAUAACUUUGAGAAUGCGGAGACCCAAAUCACUGUUCAAGAUUCCUUGCCCAGUCCUUCAAUAACUCCCUCCAGUCUCGAGGUGGAAGAAGGGGCUCCAGUGAGGUUAAAGUGCUCCGCUGAAGCUCCCUGUCCCAUUCUUCCCCCGGCUCUGACUUGGACCCCAACUAUAGGUGACGUUGAGGAGAACCCGGAAACUGAAUUCAUGACCUCUGCUAUCAGCUUCACUGCUUCUGACCUCCACAACGGACAGAGACUCGUGUGUGCUGCUCUCUACAACCGAAGUGCACAAAGUGCCAGCAGUCCCUUUGAAACUGAUACAAGUUUGACCCUCCAAGUUCUUUAUCCUCCUAAAAACACAUCAGUCAGCUACCCUAGUCCUGUAAGAGAGGGAACCUCGGUGACCCUGACCUGCAGCGCCAACGCAAAUCCAGCUGUGAACAGCUACACCUGGUACAAAGUGGAUGGAGAUCAGGAGACAGAAGUGGGUUCAAAUAACCAGGCUUUAACUACGGUCUCAGAAGCGGACGAACAAUUUUACUGCAAAGUCGCUAACAAAUAUGGAACCCAGAACUCCUCUGUUACUGAGAUGGACGUACAAUUUCCUCCCAAGGAAGUCACAGUAGUCGUCCAGCCUGAAGGUCCAAUACUGGAGGGCAGCUCUGUUACUCUGCUCUGCAGUAGCCGUGCCAACCCACCUGUGGCUGUGUCCAACUACACCUGGUUCAAAGAUGACGAAGAGGACGAGUCUGGAGAGAGCUGGGUUAUAAACCAUGUCGACCCGAGCUACAGUGGUACCUACCACUGUGCAGCAAGAAAUGAGCUGGGGGAGGAAACAUCAGCAUCGAUUCAGCUGGACGUUCAGUAUCCCCCUAAGAACACCUCACUAUCAGUCGACCCCUCUGGUCCGGUGCCGGACGGCAGCUCUGUGACUCUGACCUGCACCACCAUCGCCGAUCCAGCAGCAGUGAACUUCAGCUGGUUCAAAGCAGCUGGAAGAGAAAAGGAGAUGGUGGGCUCUGAACAAGACUUCACCUUCAAUGUGACCAAACUCUCCAAGGAUCUGUAUUACUGUAAAGCUCAGAACGUCCACGGAUAUCAAUACUCAGAGCCUGCCAAUAUUGAUGUCACAUUUGCUCCAGAGAUCCUGACUUCUUCCAGCUGCGUCACGAUUUCAUCCCAGAUCCGAUGCACCUGUAACAGCCAGGGGAACCCGCUCCCCUCCCUGGUUUGGGAAUUGGCCGGGAAGAAGGUCCAGCACUCUGCCGCCAUCUCAAUCAUGGAAGUUCCCCUUGGGAGUAUGGAAAUGAGGAGCAUCAUCACCCUGAACCAUCGGGAUGAUUGCAUGUCCUCAGUAGUCUGCCUCAGCCUCAACUCACUGGGCUCUGAUAGUUUUGAGUUCAACGUGAAAUACAGUGAAACUGAGCCUCCAGGCGUUGACGCUCCGUCUCUUCUGGGCGGCUUUGCACUGGGAGCAGUGGGGAUGCUGCUGGUUUGUAUCCCUCUGCUGCUCUUCUUCUACAGGAAAAGUAAAGGCAAAGGAUUAGUGGACGCUUCUGACGUUGUAGUCACUAACGGGACCAAUUCUUCAAUGGUGCAUGUAAUUUAUGACAACAAAGCCGUGCUGAAAGACGAAGGUGAGGAUGACUCUCUCCACUACGCCAACUUGAACUUCGUUAAACGCCAGGUCGAGUCAGAGGGGAAGCUUGGGGACGGAGAGAUCAGAGGUCCGGACUCCAGGACGACGGAGUACGCCGAGAUUCGUCUGAAGACACGGUUGGUCUCAUAGGACAAGCUGGUGGGAAGGUUAUGGCUUAACGAUAAGCAAAAUAAUAAUCACUCUAACUCUUUUUCUUAUGAGUCUGGCACGUCACCAUUAAAAGUUACCCCAUAAUCAACCAUAACAGUAAAUGUUCCCUUGAAAUACAUGACAUUUAUUUUUCUAUGUGGUUCACUAGUAUAGAUAAAUGCUAUUAUAUUUGUUUUAUAUGUAAUAUUUCAAUGCUAACUCUUGUCUUUCACGUCUGUUAAUUUAUUAUUUUAAAUCUUUGUGCAGAGAAAGAAGCAUUUACAGGUUGUCACACUUUUUUAUUGAUUUUUUUGUUGUUGUUAUAAUACAUAUUUGUGCUUGUUUUUAAAAAAAACAACAUAUAAAGACAUUCUUCCUGCACUUCACUUGGCACUGCAGGAGCUGAAGUCAAAGCAUAUUAUGAAAUGCAGCAUUUUGUAAAUGAGGCUCAGUAAAGCAACUUCUGCACAGCGUUACAACAUCGAAGCUGUGUUAUCUUGUGCUGUUCACAAAUGUCAUAAAAAAUUUCAAUAAAUUUUACA